AUGACUGUGACAUCGAAAUGCAUAUUUGAUUUCAAACUACCACUGAGUGGUUUUUCAUUUUUUCUUUCCCAGAUAAUCUUUUACGAAGACAAGAAUUUCCAAGGACGUCACUACGAGUGCGAGGGUGACUGUGCUGAGCUGGCCUCACACUUCUCCCGCUGUAACUCUAUCCGCGUGGAGACUGGCUGUUGGGUAGCUUACGAGAAGCCAAACUAUGGUGGAUACCAGUACAUGCUGAUGAAGGGCGAGUACCCAGGCUAUCAGCAUUGGGCUGGCUUCAACGAUUGCAUCCGCUCCUGCCGUAUGGUCCCUCCUUAUAGUGGAGGCUACAAGCUGAAGAUCUUUGAGCGCUCUGAUUUUGGAGGCCAGGCGAUGGAGCUGGAAGAGGACUGCCCAGACCUGCGUGAGCGUUUCCACCACGGAGAUGUCUCCUCCGCCAACGUCGUGGAAGGCUACUGGGUCCUUCACGAGCAUCCCAACUACACGGGUCGCCAGUACUUCCUCCGCCCCGGCGAAUACAGGCGAUUCAGCGAGUGGGGUAGCCCCAGCCCUUCUAUGGGCUCUCUGAGACGGAUUACAGACCUCAACUGA